AUGAAGAUCCAGCUUCUUUGGUUUAUUUUCCUCUACGCUGUGAGUGCCUUUAAAAAUGCAGGAAAUAGUGGAACUUACCAACAGAUGGGCAAUAGGAAAGGAUUUAUAAACUACAGGAUAACAAAAAAAAAUGACAACCGUGUAAUUCGAAGAAGAGAUUCUCCCAAUUAUCUAAGAAGUACAUUUGACGACAUUAAACAAAUUAUUUCGAAGCAAUUGUCUGUAGAGGAGGAUAAAAUUAAAGUCGAAUCAAACUUUACAAAGGAUUUAGGAGCAGAUAGCCUAGACCUCGUGGAACUCAUCAUGGCCCUCGAAGAAAAGUUCAGCAUAACAAUCUCGGAUCAGGAUGCACUAAAGAUAAACACAGUGCAAGAUGCGAUUGAUUUUAUCGAAAAAAAUAAAAAGCCGGAUGCAUGA